GGUAACCCUAACGCAUGUCGCGGCAAAUAAACAGUGAGAUUACAACUAAAUGUGAAACAAGAUGAGUGCACCAACUGCUCAUCCACCCUUAAACAGAAUUCCUGGCACUGCACAAGUGAAGGAACAUCAUGCCAAAGAUCUCAAGACGCUGCGCUAUCCGGAACUGCUCGAAAUCAAAGAUAGGCAAGCCAAAUUGUUAGCAUCCAAAAAACGUUUACAACUGUUGCCGGACAAGGGGAAGCGUAUACAGGAGGCCUACGAUAAGUUGCUGGCCGAGAUUAAACGUCGGGACGAUGUAGACGCCGCUGCCGAGCUCCUUGGCGAACUGAACAUUGCGUCCAAGGGCAAGACGACUCUUAAUAAUCUCGAGUGGCAAGGUCGUAGUCAAGCGGACGACAGCUCGCAUGUGGACGAUGUGCUAGACAGUGACGACGAGCAGGAAAUGGAUCCGUUGCGUGUCAUUGCCCAAGGCACAAUGCACGAGCGACAAGUGAAAAUUCUGCCACCGCCCGCCACUUUGAUUACUGCCGAUGAUUUGGCCGACAUUGCAUCAUUUGGACCAGCGCCUGCAUCACCGGAUUCGGCUUUAGCAGAUCAGAGCGUGUCUAGCAGUGCCAGUGAAACUGUCCCAGCUCAAAUAAUUGAAAUCGAUGUGUCCAAGUUGGCUGCGAAACGUUCCCCUGACACAACACUGGAGCAACAUGCUCUGUAUCUCAUUGAAAAGACUGAGGUGCAGGCAACGACAGCCGAACGCGAGAAGUUUAGACCUUUUCGAACCACAGUUUCCAAUGUGCAUGAUCCCGCCAAGGAACGCAUACGCAAAAAGGGUAAAUAUUGGGAGGUGACGGCAGCAACGCCACCGCUCAUCCAACACAAAGAGAUUCAGCUAGUGCCACUCACAGAAUCAGCUAAUCUGCAAGUUGACUUCAUGCAGAAAGUUAAGGAAUUGCGUAUUAAGCAGGCGGAGCAACGUCUGGCCAACCGACAACUCACCGCUAAAGUGACAAGCAUGCGUCUGCCUGAGGACUCCAUACUCAAAACUAAACCCUCCUUUCAACAGUAUCGCAAUCCUCAGGUGGAUUAUCUGAUCGAGGGCAGGCAGCGCUCGAGCGAGGAGAAUGAAGUGCAUGAUCCAACAAUAACCGAGACUGCAAGCGCUGGUAUUCAUUACACAGUCUACGAAUGAUGAUUUUAAAGGAUUGUUAAGGAGGCUUAGAAGUAUAGGUUACACUAGUUGAACUAGAAGUUUUGCGACAUUAUAAUUAAUUAAACAUAAUAUAUUUUGUGAAAGACUUGUGGAAUCUAAUCUAUUGUUGUCAGUCGAUUGGCCAGAAGUUCUUGAUAUAUCAAAUUGUAAGCAAUCCUUGAAUUGUAAGUUAUUAAAUCCAAUCUAUUUUACUAACCAAUACUGCUGUUAAGUAGUUUAUCUAAAAAAUUUGUCAAUCGAUCUGCCAAAAUAAUUAUUUAUAAUCCCUGA